UCUCCGAUUCCAAUUCCCCCAAACCUUCCCAAUUCCAAUCCCAAUUUUCAAUCUUUCCGCUGCCGCCCUUCCUAACACGAAUCGCCGUCGUCGUCGUCGUAAUGGGGAAUGUGAAUGGGAGAGAAGAUGGGGGCGGAAGCCCAUCGGCGGCGGCGGCCGAGGAAGAGGCCGGUGGCGGCACCGCCCAGGAGGGUCGUCACCCUCCGCUCGUCGGCGGUGGCGCAGGCGCGGUGGUGGCUGAAUUGAUGGGCCAGUCACCUCCUCAUAGCCCUAGGGCUACUCACUCCCCUUUGAUGUUCACUCCCCAAGUGCCUGUUGUUCCGUUACAAAGACCUGAUGAGAUGCAGAUCCCAAACCCCUCGUGGAUGCAAACUUCAGCGUACGAAGACAUGUCCUGUGAGCAAGGAAUUCCAACCAUGUUUACGUGGAGCUAUGGUGGGAAGGACGUAGCUGUGGAGGGAUCAUGGGAUGAUUGGAAGACAAGGUUGGCCUUACAGAGAUCGGGGAAGGACUUUACUAUUAUGAAAGUACUGCCAUCCGGUGUUUACCAGUAUAGAUUUGUUGUUGAUGGGCAGUGGAGGUGUGCUCCUGACUUGCCUUUGUCCCACGAUGAUGCUGGAAAUUCUUACAACCUUUUGGACUUGCAGGAUUAUGUUCCAGAAGACAUUGGAAGCAUUUCUGGUUUUGAACCUCCCCAGUCCCCUGACUCAAGUUAUAGCAACAUGCAGCUUGGAUCUGAAGAUUUUGCGAAGGAGCCGCCAUUGGUACCUCCACAUCUGCAGAUGACACUGCUCAAUGCCCCUUCAUCUUGCAUGGAGAUGCCUGCUCCUUUAUCAAGACCUCAACAUGUUGUACUUAAUCAUUUAUACAUGCAGAGAGGGAAGAGUGGCCCAUCUGUGGUCGCUCUUGGCACAACAGAGAGGUUUAUAGCAAAGUAUGUGACAGUGGUUCUCUACAAGUCCUUGCAGAGAUAAACAUACUGAACGACUAUCGUGGACUCGAUAGAUCCCUUUUAUGUGGUUAGUUUAUAUGAAUUUGAAAGUGAAGCCAUUUUAAUGGCUCAAAGUAUGUUGAGGAAGGAUACCAGGUGAAACUUCAAGAUUGUAUUUUCACGCAGUGCCAUUGCUUAAUGACCCAUUGAUCCGACUGCUUUCACAUACAGACUCUUACUUGC